AUGUCGGUUCCCGCAGCUCCUUCCUCUCAACUACAGGCAGCGCCUCAGCGGACGAUGUGGGCAGCCGUCAAAUACCAUCUCGACAAUCGCGCCCAGGCAACGGACAUGGGGAUGAGAGGGUAUGUGGCAGCGGUGCUGCUCGGGCCCUGGGCAUCCCAAUACGAUGGUAUUCCUACUCCCAUCCCCUUCCGGCGCCAUCCCGUUCUUCGUUUUCUGGCCAUUCAGUUUGGAGGGAUCCAGUUCGGCCAGCAAGCGCGUCGAGGCUUCUGUUGGGGUCGGGAGAGCGCAUGGGUAAGACAGACGACGUGGGUCACGAAUGGGGAGUGGUGUGGACAGACCAAACGAGAGAGAGAGUCCACUUCGUCUUGGGACCGUGUUUCGGAGGGUAUGUCGCUGUCGCGGAUGUUGCUGCACGGGAAGGGGUUGUGUCAGAAAUGUGGCCCACAACCCGUUCGGAUAGGAGAGACUGGGUUAGACUUGUCGAUGGCGAAGAACUCGGGCGCUUCCUCUGUGUUAGGUUUUCGUACAUAA